GAUCCAGUCAUGCUGAUACUCGGUCUCGGGAGGCAGCAGGCUGGGCUCUUCCCCAGCUCUUCACUCCUUCCUCUUUCUCCAGGAUUUCAUCUGAACUGCAACUGAGUCACGAGAUCCAAGGACAAACCUGCCACAAGGGGAAAAAACCAAGAGUGGAAACACACGCCUGAAGUCACCACAGUGCAGGCAGCAUGGACUGAGGGCCGGCCUGCACAUCUCUGUGUCAUCGAAGCAUAAGUUUCUGCAUCUUAAAUGCUCGUAGCUGUAAAGAAAUCAUGUCUGCGACGUACACCUGGGCUUGUUUCUUUCUCUGGAUCAGCUUUGCCACACAGGACAAAACUCCAGAUGUGAUCGUGACCUGCUCUGUUUCUGAGGAAUGCAUGCUCCCCUGCAACUUCCAGCCUGGCAGUAAGGUGACCGUCGAAUGGUUCCGGCAGGACAUAGUGGUGUACAAAUUUGAGCGAACGGAUGACAACAGCAGCAGCAAGGAGCAUUUCAGGCACGAACGCCUCACCGGACGCGCCUCCAUUUCGCCGACUCAAGUAUCCAAUGGUAACGCCACCAUGGUCCUGAGGAUGAGCGGGCUCAAAGACAGAGGCACGUACCGCUGUCAUGUGCACACCUCAGAGGGAGAACACGAUGCCACAGUCAUUUUGAAGGUGGAAGCCCCCAUCCGGGGCCUGUUCCUGGAGCAGUUCAGACUGAGUGGCUACGAGGAGAUGAAAUGCACGAUCCGUGAUGUCUUCCCCGCUCCUCGGGUAACCUGGGCGACGGAGCCCCCCACAUUUGAAAACCUGCGGCCGGUCACGCGUAAGCUGGCCAACAAGAAGGGACUCUACACGGUGGACAGCCGGCUGAAGCUACUGAAGGGACAGCCUGACCUCAUAUACAUCUGUAAAGUGACCACUUUGUAUGGUGGUCCGACCUGGACCGCCUCCCUCAGGCAGAGAGAAAUAAGAGGAACUCAAGGGAAAGAUGUGACCAUCCCUUGCAGCGCCCCUACUUACCUGAUCAACCCUUCCCUCCUAUGGACCUUCUCCAACGGGGAGGAGUUUUCCCGCAUCGUCUCGUAUGACAGCCGGUCAGGGCGCAGCAUCUCCACGCCGCCCUGGGACCACCACAUGGAGCUGGACAACUUCCGGGUCGUGUUUGGAGACGGCUCCCUGCGGCUGAUGGACCCCAGACACUCGGAGCACACGGGCAGCUUCACCUGCGAGUUCUCGGCGCCGUACAGCUCACACACAGAACGCAACGUGGUGACCAUCGGGGACCCUGAUGGUCAGCAAAGAGCAACGGAGGCUCCAUCGUAUUGGUGGGUCUUGGGCGUGGUGGCUGGAUUAAUUGUUCUGGUUCUGGUCAGCGUGCUAGCCUACCUCAAGCUGAAAGGAAGAAAAUCAAAGCACACAAACGACCCUGAGGAGGAGACGGAGCUGAACCUGGCCAAAGUUGCUGCAGAGAGAAGUUAACCUGCGUGGAGCCCCGCAUUUGGCACUUGAUCACUCUGAGCACUAUCAGGAAGAACAACCUGAAUCCCCUUAACUACCAACGCACAUAGAGCACAAAGAUGAGGAACUGCAAGUUUCUGACAAACAGAAAAGUCUCAUUAAGAUUGAAUUUUAGUAAAAGGAUCACAGCGUCCGUUUGAAAUGGUCAAUUUCAGUUUGGGCAUUCCUAGGUUUCAGACUGUUCACAAGAGGGAUUCACACACCCUGACAGCACAACUUAAAGUCUGAAAGUAUUUCAGAAACUCUGUUGAGACCGUUUUCUUGUCAGUAUCCCAGCGGGAUAAAUCUACAUUUCAACGAGAUGAUUCAGGGCUGGAACAAUGUGACGGUAACCUGAAAAGGUCGCGGCACAUAGAAACGGAUCAUUAGCCUGAAAUAAACCAAGUUCCUGCCAAAAAAUGCUAAAUGGUUGGUAAUGUUCCAGCAAAAAUCCUUGAAAGUAUUCACAUCUAUUUUUAAUGCUGUACAUUUGGUUCAACAGACAGUAGAAAGCCAACGCUCGUCUGGGAGUUUCAUUCCUAUUUUGUGGAUUUUCCCCUUUUAAAUUGAUCCAAUCAUGAAUCAUUUUAGCACAUAAAUCCCAUUAAAAACCCAUUAGGCUUCUUCUCAAAACUGACUGUACACCAUGCUAUUUGAGCAAAAAUAAAACAAAAGGAGAAAAUAAACAUGACAACAUCCAUUUUUGGAUACAAAAUAUGGUCACUCUGCUCCAUCAGAGUGUGACAAACAUGUCGAAUGUAAUUCAGCCAAUUGCUGAAGUGAGCACGGCCUCAUGCUGCCAGGAGACAAAAAUACUGGAUGCCACAGGGAGGAAGUCAUAUCUAUUUAGUAACAUGAGUCAAUGUUGAAAGGAUUCUGCCAUAUAUUGCCACAGUUCUUCAGAUACAGAUUUCAGGUUCCUAGUUUAGUUAUCCGAACAAUUUAAGAAAACAUAAAGUUUUUUUCUAAGGGGACUGGAGUUGAAGAGUUUCACCAAAAGGCCUCUGAAGUGUCUUUUUGUUGGAUUGUUCUUCCUAAUGCUUGAAAACUAAUGAAGAGGCUUUUUAUUAUUUAAUUCUCUCAAUGAUAAGAAGUUUUGUAUAGACAACAUAUCUACUGUUUGGCCUUGAAUACAACAGCAAGGAUGGCUUUGUACUUUCUGCACUGUCUUCCUUUAACACAUAUUAACUUAAAGGAUGAGCUGGCCAGUAAAUCACUGUUUCUUUGAUAUUGUUUUAUACGACAAAAAUAUAUUUUCUUCUUACUUGGGCAGUGCUUUUCUCGAAGCUGUCACAGAAGUGUCAUAAUAAACUUAAUGAUGUCAAAAAUGA